CGGACACAACAACACUGACAGAUCCAGUCCGCGAUUCUGUUCGCAGUCAGCUAUGGAUGUAGUCUGAAAAGGUGGAUACAAUAGCGCAUCAUAAUAUACCUCCAAGUUUUAUCCUCAUGAAGGAGCUCCGUCCUGGCUGAGUUUGGGAGAUGGGAGUCCUCAACAUUGCAGACCAGCCUCCUCUGGUCCAGGCCAUCUUCAAUCGUAACGCUGAAGAAGUCCAAUUAUUAUUGCACAAAAAAGAGGAUGUCAAUGCACUGGACCAAGAGCGCCGUACGCCGCUUCAUGCUGCUGCCUGUGUGGGUGACGUCCAUAUAAUGGACCUCCUUAUUGAAUCAGGUGCCAGUGUCAAUGCUAAAGACCAUGUGUGGUUGACCCCAUUGCACAGGGCGGCUGCCUCCCGGAAUGAAAGAGCAGUGGGUCUGCUGCUGCGGCGUGGAGCAGAAGCAAAUGCACGAGACAAGUUCUGGCAGACGCCACUACAUGUGGCUGCUGCCAACCGUGCCUCGCGUUGUGCAGAGGCCCUGUUGACCCAACUGAGCAACCUGAACAUGGCAGACCGCACUGGCAGGACUGCCUUGCACCAUGCUGCUCAGAGUGGAUUCCAUGAGAUGGUGAAGCUACUGCUGAACAAAGGGGCCAAUCUGAGUGCCAUCGAUAAGAAGGAGAGGCAACCUAUUCAUUGUGCAGCAUAUUUAGGGCAUGUGGAGGUAGUGAAGUUGCUGGUGUCUCGCAGUGCUGACAAGAGCUGCAAGGACAAGCAAGGCUACACGCCUCUUCAUGCUGCUGCUUCAAGUGGUCACAUAGAAAUUGUUAAGUACUUACUGAGGCUGGGGACAGAGAUCGAUGAGCCAAAUGGCUUUGGGAACACUGCGCUCCAUGUGGCUUGUUACAUGGGGCAAGAAGCUGUGGCUACUGAGCUGGUGAAUCACGGGGCUAACGUCAACCAGCCCAACCGGAAUGGCUUCACCCCUCUGCACCUGGCAGCUGUCUCCACCAAUGGUGCCCUCUGUCUGGAGCUGCUGGUCAACAAUGGGGCUGAUGUCAACCAGCAGAGUAAAGAAGGGAAGAGCCCCCUGCACAUGGCAGCCAUUCAUGGACGUUUCACACGCUCACAGAUCCUUAUCCAAAAUGGUGGGGAGAUUGAUUGUGUGGAUAAGUAUGGCAAUACCCCUCUCCACGUUGCUGCUAAGUACGGCCAUGAGCUGCUGAUCAGCACUCUGAUGACCAACGGAGCAGACACGGCCAGGUAGAGGAAACAAGACCCAGAGUGCUGUAAUUUAUGAAACAAGUGGGGCAGCAAAUAAUUUAGAAAUUUGAAAUCUUAUGCGUAUUUUGCUUGAUAGCAGUACAAUUUAUAUUGAUAAAUAUUUAUUUGCUUUGAAAAUAUACAUGGUUUUAGUAGAAAUGCACCGAUUGAUCGAUCAGUGACCAGAAUCGUCAG